AUGUCUAGGAGAACUGAGAAUGGAAACUCUCACAAUGUGACUGAGAGAAUCGAAGGAGUUGUUGGUGCUAUCGAGAGGGUGGUUGACAUCCUACACCACAAUGCUACGACUGGGCCUAGAGACCAACCCGGUCUGACCCAUUUUAUGCGCCACAAUCCCUCUAAGUUUGAUGGGAGUGCCAACCCUGACGAAGCAGAGUACUGGAUCCGCGAAAUCGAGAAAGUCUUCGAAGCAAUCUCUUGCCCAGAAGACAAGAAGGUGAUUUUUGCAGCCUUUCUACUGACUGGAGAGGCUGAAUACUGGUGGAGCGGGGUUAAACGACUGAUGGAGACCAACGGAGAAGUUCCUACCUGGGAUAGUUUCAAACUCCAGUUUCUGGAGAAAUAUUUUCCUAGAAGCGCAAAGUUCGCAAAAGAGAUUGAAUUUCUGAGUUUACGCCAAAGACAGAUGUCUGUGCACGAGUACGUGGUGAAAUUUGAUCAACUUUCGAGGUACUAUUCACAGCCCCUCCCAGAGGAAUGGAAGUGUCAAAAGUUUGAAGAAGGCCUAAGACAUGAGCUGAAGAAAGCCGUUGUACCAUUGAAUAUUCGACAUUUCUUGACUAUGGUGGAAACCGCUAAGAGGGUGGAGAGGCUGGAGACAGAUCCAGAGAGGAUUAUUAGACCUCAUAGAGGAAGCUCAUCCGGGACUAAAUUUCAGAAGAAGCCCUAUAAUCGACCACAUAGGCCGCAACAAGGACCAAUGAAGUGUUUUAAUUGUGGAGGAGCGCAUUUCAAGCGUGAUUGUCCUCAGCUCAGGGGGACAAAACCAUUUGUCAGGAGAUGCUUCAUUUGCAAUGAAUCGGGACAUUAUGCCAACAUGUGUCCCAACAGGAUGAUGAAUAGUGGACCGAAGCCACAAGUCUUAACAGGAGCGAAGCCUCAAGCUACAGGGAGAGUGUUUGCUAUGACCGGAGAAGAGGCUACUCAGUCAGGUAACCUUAUCUUAGACACUUGCAUGAUACUUGGAAAGUGUGUACAUGUUCUGUUUGAUUCAGGAGCUACGCACUCCUUUGUAUCCUUGUCUUGUUUGGAAAAACUUGGUUUGCUAGUGAGUGAUCUAGGAUGUGAGCUAGUAGUUUCGACACCAGCAUCUGGACAUAUAACAACUAGUUCAGUCUGUGUCGGAUGCCCGAUCUUCGUAGCAGGGCGCAAGUUUAAAGCAAACUUGAUUUCCCUGCCUCUUCAAGGUCUGGAUGUUAUUCUAGGCAUGGAUUGGUUGACUGCGAAUCACAUUCUUCUCGACUGUGGACGACAACAGUUGGUGUUUCCGGACUCUGACGAUUUUAAGUUGAUCACAACUAAGGAAGCCUUAAAGGAGGUCAGUAAUGGAGCCACAUGUUUUGUAGUGAUGGCUCAGGAGAAGAAGAAGAGUUCUAGAGAAAAAGCAAUGAAAAUCCCAGUGGUGGAGGAGUUUAUGGAUGUCUUUCCGGAUGAAGUUCCAGGAUUACCACCAAGCAGAGAAGUAGAGUUCUCCAUUGAUCUAGUCCCAGGAGCUGGACCAGUGUCUGUGGCCCCGUACAGGAUGGCUCCGGUAGAAUUGGUCGAACUAAAGAAGCAGAUUGAAGAGUUGUUAGAAAAGAAAUUCAUCAGGCCAAGUGCUUCACCUUGGGGGGCACCAGUACUAUUAGUGAAGAAGAAGGAUGGAAGUUCGAGGUUAUGCAUUGACUACCGGCAGUUGAACAAGCUGACGAUCAAGAACAAGUAUCCAUUACCGAGGAUUGAAGACUUGUUGGAUCAAUUGCGUGGAGCUAGCGUGUUUUCAAAGAUCGACUUAAGGUCUGGGUACCAUCAGAUCCUAGUGAAGCCUGAAGACAUACAGAAGACAGCCUUUCGGUCACGUUACAGUCACUACGAGUUUGUGGUGAUGCCGUUCGGAGUGACCAAUGCUCCUGCAAUAUUUAUGGAUUACAUGAAUCGAAUCUUCCGGCCUUGGUUAGAUAAGUUUGUUGUUGUGUUCAUAGACGACAUUCUCAUUUAUUCUAAGGAUCAGAAAGAACAUGCUAAACAUCUGAGGACAGUGUUAGAAACACUCAGGGAGCACCAGUUGUUCGGGAAAUUAUCCAAGUGCGAGUUUUGGUUGAGUGAGGUACAGUUUCUAGGUCAUGUGAUUUCUGCCCAAGGAAUUUCUGUGGAUCCAACCAAAGUAGAAGCAGUGUUGAAGUGGGAACGUCCAAAAACAGUAUCCGAAGUGAGGAGUUUUGUUGGCCUGGCCGGAGAUGAAGAGAAGGCUGACAAGUGCUCCAGUGCUAAUGAUCCCAGAUACUUCGAAGGUUUUUGA